AUGAGCUCUGUGUGCAAGUCUUCUGUUGGGUGCGUUGACGCACGUGUGCCGGUGAGGGCAACCUAUGUCAACCUCUACAAGUGGCCGGAAUCCGACGCCGAGUUUGUGAAGUGGGUGGCCGGAAGAAGAAGAGAAGGAAGCGAGCACAGCCACACCGGCAGCGCCGAUGGGAGAAGGAAGUGGGGGCCGAGCCCGAGGGUGGUGGAUAGCUACUCAUGCCGGCAGAUGUAUCUGAGGAGCUACACCUUCUCGAAGAAGGAGAGCUUCCCGGAGAAAACACAGCGGUGCCUGGGCAAAGUUAAGGAGAGGGCUGUCGUCUGCCCUUUCCUCCACCAGAGGUCCGAUAGCUUUGGUAGCAUCUACUCAAAUAUCAGCCACAAGGAUGACAUGAAGAGGAAGAAGAAUAAGAAAAAUAAUAAGAAGAAGAAGGGCUGCGUGGCGGCGAAGCAGCUUCUCGAUUUCAUCUUCCGGCGCCUGCUCUCCUGCACCUCCAGCGUCGACGUCGUGGAUCGCUCCUCGCCUUCGUGA